UUGACACCGGAAGCAGACACGCUCUGUCUCUCCAAAGCACAGAAACUUAACCGUUUUUACUCACACACGUGCUGACCAUGCUCAAUAGACGUGGGACAAAUAGACAAUUUAACAAACAUUUUGCAAGUUUUAACAUGUGAAACUUUUUUUUGAAGCGGAGGUCUCAUUGAACGACUAAGUGUCAUUAUAUUUCGAUCAGAAAAGAACCCUCUUUUAUGUUAGCCCGGCUGCUGCUACAGCCUGCUACCGUUAGCCAAAUCUGAUCGUGUUCAUUUGAACAUAUUCCAAGUUGUUCCCUGGUACAGCGAGGGACCUGCCGCUACCCCAGGCCAACACGUUUUACCAGUUGGCUAAUGCAAAGAAAUGGAUUACCACUUCCCACAGAAGCUUUUUCCUACAUUCUACAACUGUGGACCACCAGACGUGACGCGGAAACACUGUGCUGGAAAUUGGGGCAGCUACGAUCAGGUCAAACUUCAGGGUGGAUCUGGACCUCCCAACAACUGGACUUUUACAUCCAGUCAUCAGAUUAGAGGGGAGAUAUGGCGUCAUAAAGAACCAGCACCAAUCCCCUUCUUCAAACCCAGCCACUCUUUCAUUUGGUCUUCAACUCCUCCUGAUCCACUCCACUUCACAGCGCAUAUGCAGAACUUCUACUGGGAUCAUUGCCAGGACGCCUUUGGGUGCAUCACUGAAGUUUUGGGGAAAUAUUUCCUUUUUAAAUAUGGAUUGAAAAAGCAUCAACACAGAGAUGCAGUGCAUACAUGGAAGAUAACACGUGUCCUUGACAAGCUGACCUUACCAAUAUGUCACAAGUCCCCCAGAUCACUGCAGAAGUACAGUGCUUUGCUGUCAGAUGCCGUGCAAAGUGUGCCGCCAGAGCUCCUGGGCUCUCUGUUGCAUGAGGAACUGACUGAGCAGAGAGACCGCCAGCUGUUCUCUGAAGGCGCUACCGGGGGCGCUCUGAACUUCAUUCCCUUCUCACAAAGUGGAGACUCGCAACAUGGCUGUCUUCUCUAUCCAGGAAACCAGGGAAUGGACCGCCUCAACUUCCACAGAGUGGAGUUGGAUCACCACCGAGACAAAUGUUUCUCCAUGAACUCCAGUGAAAGCAAGCCAUUCAGCUUCCAACUGAAAGGCCCUAUCCGACAGAUCAGCUCAGCCUCGUUGUUCAACAUUUGUUGUGUUUCUGUGAGGUCAGAUCAUUUGUGUGGCGUUUGGAAAUUUAGCGAGAGAGAAGAACCACGUUUGCUGCAAGUUGUUAACACCAAAGAGGUUUUCACUUGUGUUAGUGUCAGUCCUCAUAUUUUAGGUGAAGUUUUGGUGGCAAGUGAAAGUGGAACAACAAACCUGUGGACUGUUGGGAAAGGGAUCCAAAAGGUUUGGGAAGACACCACCAAUCUUUACUUUAAUGCUAAGUCAUCAUGGCGAUGGUGUGAAUUCUCUGCUCAUCCUCGGGUGAUGCUCUACGCUGACAGGACUGGUGCAGACCUCUGCGAUAUCAGGGCGAGUCCUUCCUCCAAUCAAACACUGUUUCGCAUCAGCAGCUCUGCAGAGUGUCAAAGUGGAGAGAGGCUCAUCCUCUGCAAAUAUCUGGCAGAUGCUCACCCUUUUCACCAUCUCGUCACCACUCAGUACUCAGCCUACAUAAUGGACGAGCGAUUCCCCUGCUUGCCAAUGCUAAAGAUGGAUCACAUGAUGCAGUCCCCGCCGAUGUUCUGUCAUAUCCUUCCUGGUGUAUCCUCAUCCUGUAGCGGCACUAGAGCCACUAAGGUCUUACUGGGUUCCCAGAGCUCUCAAGAAAUCACACAGCUGCAGUACUCAGGUGGUAGAGCAGAGGUCUGUGUCAGUCUGGGUCCUCCUCAAGCACUGCUUCGGCCUUGUGAUAGCCUCAAACACCUUCCUGUCCAGAUCCCUCACCGCAUGGACACAGCAACUAACAGGCUGUCCUCAGCAUCUGCAGGUCUGACCUGUAUCCAAAGGAGUGCAAGAGAGGGAAGUAAUUCUUGCAUCUAUGUGCUACAGCUGACAGAGGCAGGCGAUAUUUUCUACCAGACCCUUGUACAUGAACCACAGGAGGAUGAAGCCUCACCUGAAAAAACAUCUAAAAAGCAGCCACAACCAACACUGGAAAAUGCCACAGAAAUGGGGAGCAAAUAUGAAAAAUCUUCUGUGCCUUACAUUCCACAGGGAGAUUCUCAGUUGAUGGUACCUGACACAUCCAGCGACGGGGAUGUACUCGGGCCAACCCAGGGUGUAGCACCUCACAAAUUUGUGCCUGAAACACCAGAGAAGAAAGUCCAAGUUAACGAUGUGUACUCGGACACCGGUUCUCAGGAUUCAGAGACACGAGGGAAAGGACAAAACCUGAAAAGGUUGAAUCUACGGGUACUUGUCAAUGACGAUACAACCCAGGAACAUGUGUUGACUGCAGAUGGAGAGGAUGAAAAUGUGACUAACAAUCCAGCCAGUGAGCUGGAGCAGCCAAGCAGGGUUCAGGAGACACCCACCAACAUGACUCAGGAUAAUCUACCUAUCCAGCAGACUCCAGUAAAGCUCAGUGAGGAUGCUCUCACAACAUGGAGACGCUGGCUACAAAAGCUGAUGCGCAAGAGCCACAAAAAGAAGCUACGUCCACGUGUCCCGAACCAAGUCACAGUCAAAACCAAGGGCCACCUUAGCCUGUCCAGCGACAAAAUGAGAGAAUUAUCUGAAGACGGGCAUGUGACGAGCAUGAGACGUCAAUUAAGUGUGUGCAUGUCCAAGCGUUCCCUGCUGCUGAGAAGUGAUGUCUCCUCAGAGCCUCUGGACGUGAUACCAUUUCCAGACCAGGUGGACACGGGAGCGUGUACCGACGAUCUAAGUCAACGUCUGAGCUUGUCCUGGGGUGGCGAGGAGAAGUGGCAAGGAUGGUGGGAAGACCGGCUGGGGCUGAAUAGGGAACAAAAGAUUGAUGCUCUCAAGAGGAAAAGGAAGAGGUAUAAGCGAGCAAAGAGCCAAUCCAGGGGUCAACAAUUUGAGCUCUCUGAGAGCUUCACUUCCUCAGUCAGCUACCAUUUAGACACGGAUGAUUUUUCCAACCUUUCCGGCUGGUCCUCUUCAGCAAGCCAGGGGACAUUGUCAGAUAAAGGGGAGGAGAUGUUAUCGCGAUCUGAGGGCACAAGAGCGAGUGAGGCGCCAAGAGCCACGUCACCCACCAAUGUGCUCAAAGAGGGGGUACUACUUACGCCAGUCAUCCUUAGCCAGUCCAAGGCCAUCCAACUGGACUCCACUCCAUCCAGUCAGAAAAGGAGCAAACGCCCUGGCAAGGACUACCUUGACGCUCUGUUUGGAUCACAGGAAGAUCCCUCUCAACACAACUACUUUGAUGCGGAGCAGCAGUCACUUGGGCCUGUGGCCCACUCCUCCCAGUCUCUGCCCCUCUCCCAGAGUUCACUGGGGCGACCGAGGUCACAGGUGUCACAACCAAAGAAAAAGAAGGCACGGAUGGGAUUUUGAUUUGUCCAUUGCCCCAUGUUCAGAAUGCAGUCUUGAUAUUUUUGGCUGAAAGACAUUUUUGUAUUUUCCCCCAGCCUCCCAUAUGUUCGAUUACGUGUUUUUACUCAUCUAAUCUUGUGUUAAAAAACAUCAAGUCAUUCCAUCAGUCAUGGACUCAAUUGAGCUCAGACCUCCAGUCUCAAAGGAACCAACAACCAUGCCUUCAUGGACGGAAUGUCUCUGCUCCUACCUGACAUUUAAUUUUAUGACUUGGUUGACCUCAGGAUAUGGAGAAAUUGAUUAAUUAUGCUUUCUCAUUUGAAAAAACAAAACACAAACUGGAUCAUCGGAGUGCAUACUGGUUUGGUAGGACCAAGAGACAUUUUUAUAAUUCGUGUGUGUGGGGUGCAUACAUGCGAUGUGCAAAUGUGGACUGUCAAGUGAUCAAAAUGAUCAUGGAUGCUGCUAUUUGCAAUCGGUAAAGUGAUGGAUAUUUCACUUUUUGACAAAUUUGUCAAUACACAUUUUAAAGAGAAAAGUGUUAACAGUUUCUUCUGCCUAUUUUAAGUAACGAUUUCAUCAGAUAGUUCAGUCAGUUCAACAGAUUCAAAGCGAUUUUGUUACCUUCUGCAUAAAUUCUCAUCUGCAGGGAGGGGGGUCUUUUUUAUAGUUACAAGGCUGCAAACCCAGUUAAGACGGGCGGCGGGUGCUACUUAAGUUUAUUCUGGGUACUAAUUUUACAUCGCAACAAGUUUUUCUUCUCAUACUGAUCAUGAUUGUAGACACUUUAUUGGGUUUUUAGUCAUGUUUUCACAAAUCUGUAUAGUUGGUUAGGAACAUCAGUUACUGAUUCGGCUUCUCUUGCAACUAGAGCUGCAAGUAGCAAUUGUUAUAAUAAUCGAUUAAUCUGAUUAAAAACAUUUAUUCCAUCCUUUUAUCAAAAAACGACAUUUCAAAUUGACAGUGCAGAUAAUGGAAAAAACAAAUCCAUUAUGAUUCAGUUUGAUCCGUAAUGUCAGAAAAUAAGCAAAAUUGUUGAUUGUUUUCCAAAGUAAAAGAUGUUUGCAAAUGUCUUUUGAUUAAAUACAGAUAAUCAGUCUAGUUCCAUAGGACUACAGAAAGUCUGAGAAUAUUUACUGUUGAGAGGCAGAAUUUCCAAGGAUUGACAAUUUUGAGUUAAACAUGGUCCCGAAAUUUGUUUAUCCAAAUAUUUCAAAUGAUAGAAAGUAGAUUAAUUUGAUCAAUUUGUUAAUCAUUACACCUGUAGUUGCAGCUCCAUUGUGUUGACCUGAUGGCCAGUCGUGUUGCUAAAAUGGCGUUGAAAAACAUCCUGCAGCAUAAACCUGGUUAAAAUAU